AUGGAGAAUGAAGAUAUAAGAAAACAGUUAGAAGAACAAGUUGUAUUAUACCAAUAAUAAUAACGUAAAAAUUCCUUUUUGGAUUAAUCUUAAGGAAGAAAUAUUAGAAAGAAUGGCACUCUAUUGAUCAAAUCAUCCAACAAUUUAGAUUUUGAAAGUACUUUUAAUCUAUUUUAAGAAUAGACUAAAAAUAAACGAAUUGAAGCAGUAUUAUUAAAGGAGAAUCAACAAUUAAAGUUAUAUAAAUUGAAAGAUGAAAUACUUUAAAUAACUUCAUAAAGUGAAAAACUUUAGAUAAAACAAAAAUUAUUAUAAAUAAGGAAAUUGAAAAUGAAAUAAUUAAAAAGUAUGGCUUAGAAUGAAAAGUUUGAUGCCAGAAAUUAAGCUGCAAAAUUCUAAGUAAAAUAAAGUGGAAUUAAAAUUACAAACACAGUGUUUAUGGAUACUUUAUAAGCUAUUAUAGUAAAUUGA